CAAAUUCAAAAAUAUAUAUAUAUAUAUAUAUAUAAAUUUCUAAGUGUUGUUUUAAUUAGAAGAAAAAAAUGCAGUCAAGAAGAGAAGUGAAAGAAGAGAGAGCAGAAGAAGCUGCAAAAAUAGCAGCAGAUGAACUAAGUGAUGUGAAUAAAGAAAGAAGGGAUCAAAGUAAUAAAAAUCUUGAACAUCACGAACAUGAUCAACAAAAGCCUGGUGUUAUUGGUAGCAUAAUCAAAUCCGUUCAAGGUACUCUUGGACAUGCUAAAGAUGCAGUCACAGGCAAAGCCCACGACACCGCUCAAGUCAGCAGCGACGCAUCAGAGGCCACCGCUAGUAAAACAUCUGCUUCAGAUAAGGCAGAACAAGCCAGGGAGAAAGCGGGGGAGCUUGCAGAUCAUGCAAAGGAGAAGGGCCAAGCAGCUAGAGAUUCCACAGCAGAAACAGCAAAAGAAGCUAAGGAUUACACCGCGGAGAAAGCGGGGGAGUAUGCCGAGUACGCAAAAGAGAAGGGUAACGCUACUAAAGCAUCUGCAGUACAAGCAAAAGAUUAUGCUGCAGACAAAGCGAAGGAAGCGAAGAACUCUACUAAGGAGAAGGCGAAAGAUGCAAAGGACGCCACUGCAGGCAAAAUGGGAGAGUACAAAGAUUACGCUGCAGACAAAGCAAAGGAAGCCAAGGACACUACUACGGAGAAGGCAAAAGAAGCAAAGGACACGACGAUGCAGAAGACAGGAGAGUACAAGGAUUACACAGCUGAAAAGGCGAAAGAAGGGAAAGAUAGUACAGUAGGGAAGUUGACAGAGCUGAAGGAGAGCGCUGCUGAUGCCGCGAGGCGGGCGAUGGAUAUGCUUACUGGUAAAAAGGAAGAAGCUAAUCAGAAGGCAGCGGAGAUUGAGGGAGCGGCGAAGGAGAAGGCGGAUGACACAGCGGAAGCGGCUAAGCAGAAGGCAUGGGAUGCUAAGCAAGCUGCCAAGGAGAAGUAUAAUGAAACUGAAGAAGCAACACGAAGAAAAAUGGACGAAAUGAAGAUACAAGAAGAGGAGAAAAAAGCCGGUGGUGGUGGUGGUGGUAUUUUCAGCGCGAUUGGAAGCAUGUUAGCACCAAAACACACGACCGAAGAGCCUACUACUGGAGGAGGAUCGAAGAUGGUGGUGGACGUGGAUGAUACGCGAUCAGGUAAGACUGCAGCGACAUUGAAAAUGGCCGAUCAAGUGACCGGCCAGACGUUCAACGACGUUGGAAGAAUGGACGUUGAAGGAAGUUUAGCUGAAGUUGAAGCUAAGGAUUCAACUGGGAAAAAUGUGAAAGUGAAGUACCAAAAAUAGAUAUACUAUGAUGAAUGCAUCAUAAUGUCUUUCUGGCUGUGUAUUUUGUUGCAACUUUGGAAUAUGGUGGUUUAUGUAUUUUGGUUUGUGUUCUGAAGCAGUAAAUCAUGUUUCUGUGCUC